GGGUCGGCCACGGGCGGUAAGCUAACGUCUACGCCGGGAAACUGCAUAUACAUGGCAUUAACCAUGACAACGGGUCGGCCACGGGCGGUAAGCUAACGUCUACGCCGGGAAACUGCAUAUACAUGGCACCGGAAACAUUCCCCUGGUCCGCAGCUGAAGGUCAGUGCGUGGGCUAUGAUUCGAGCAUCGACAUCUUUGCUUUCGGUGUCCUUGCAACAGCCGUCCUGACAGGUCGAUUGCCCGAUCCUCAGAUUCGCCUGGCACCCUACUUCAGAGAAAACGCCAGCGGCGAGAAAGUGCCAAUACUGGAAUUGGAGCGACGGAAGGCCGAGCUGGAUCGUCUUGACGAUGGUCACGCGUUGAAGCCGAUCGUAUUGCGAUGUCUCUCCAAUGAUCCGACGCAACGCCCGUCAGCCUUCGAGCUACAUGAGCACAUACUGCGCUGGCUGGGUGAAGCUGAAGACACGCCUGAGCAAGACACAGUAAGUUGUAUCGAGAAGACGGUUGCGGAUGCCCGUGCUACGUCUCAGCUGCGGAUGCGUUGGACACGGCAGCAGAAUACCCCACCAAGUCAGCAGGAACAGGAACGGGCGCUGGCUCCUAACACAGCAUCUCUGCUUGAGCAGUGGAACCAAAUUGCCGCUCCCUGGGAGACUAGUCUCGACAACGUUCUCUACUCCGUUGCAUUCCGCGAAGCUCUGUUCUGCUUCUUCACGCCUGACAGUGGCAGUCUGAGCAUCUCGUACACGGACGAUGUUAAUGCAGCACUCGGUGUCGCCUGGCAUGCAGUGGAAGUACCUAAGGACCUGAGAUAUUGCCGUGCUGUCUAUGCUCAUGAACAACACAUACCGUAUUAUCUCUAAUAUAAGCACAGUCUCCAAUAAUAGCACGUCUCCAAUAAUAGAACACCUUGGGGCGGCAUUCAAAAAAUAAAGUGCUCAGUCUCCAUUAUAAGCACACUGUGUAAAUUCAUUAUCUGUACCGGCGAAAAAACCCUGAAAUGUGUGCGUCAUACAUGAAUUUGGCAUGGCAACAUGCCUCUGAAAUGAGGUUGAAAUAAUAAUGGAACAGUCUCCAAUAAAGGAACGUCUCCAUUAAUAGCACGGGGCGGAGGUACAUUGAAAAAAUAAAGGACCGUGCUUAUAUUAGAGAUAAUACGGUAUAUAUGUACGCAGAAAAAUCUAACGGGGUCGAUAGUAAUGUGUACUUUAUUGCGCGCGAGGGAGUGAGGGUUGUGUCAACGGUCAGCCCGUUCUCGCAGCAACAUCCAGCGAUGUACGCGUCUGACACUAUCGUUCUCCUUUGCGGUGGCAUUCCACGUCAUGAAAACACACUUAUCUCCUACUGCAGCGGUGUGACAAUCAACAGCAGCUCCAGCAGCACCCUCUCCUCAGACUGGGAAAACAGCGACAGCAGAGGCGGAAAUCUCCUGCCCGUCCUCCCGCAGGCAAUGAGUCAUGCCAAAAUAUUUCCGUACAACGGUGACGUCUAUCUCGCUGGCGGUUUCAGCGAGACGGCGGACGACUUUCCUGUAUACUCGCUUCACACGGAUAGCAGUACGCUUGAAAUGCACUGGGUGCGUUCAUCGAUCUAUCCACCAAUCAGGAAGGAUCAGCGCGGCGCCACGGUUGCCGUGUACAAUGACCAACUGUUCAUUGCUGAUCGUGACCAUGAUUCGAGGAAGACCCACCGCGAAUGUUACUCCAUAGAUCUGGCAUCAAGUGUAGUCAAGCAAUUGCCUCCUAUACCAACAUUAGCCCUACGACCGUAUCUGUCUGCUUUUGACGGUCAUCUCAUUGCUUUUGGAAAUCUUGCACCGGAAAGAGAUGAUCCGCCACGCGUUUACAAGCUCAAACUUCUUUAGGCUCAUGUGAUGUGUACAUCAACCCCCCCCCCCCCCCCCCCAUCUCAUUCUCGCACGCACUCCCUAUUUUUCUUUCUCUCCCACACUCUCUUUCUAAGCAAUGU